AUAUGGACGAGACAAAAAAAACAAGACUUUUGACUCAUUCAAGCCAUUUCCAGCAAAUUCCAAGUGCAAAGAUGGGUGGUUGUGUCUCUCUCCAACUCCAAGUAUCAUGCGAUCAAGUGUUGAACCGUCUCGGUAGCUGCUUUUGCAGCAAACUUAAAUAUAUACAAAAUCUCAAGAAGAAUCUCACGGCUCUGGAGACAGCCAUGGAAGAUCUCAAGGCAGUGCGAGCCGAUCUGCUGCUGAAGGUGCAAGCAGCAGAAGAAGGAGGUCGUCAACAAAGGCUUCACCAAAUCAAGGUAUGGCUUAAGAGAGUCGAGACUAUCGAAUCUCAAUUCCACGAACUAGAUAGUAGUAGAACUGUUGAACUUCAAAGGUUGUGUUUUUAUGGUGCUGCUUCCAAGAACUUAAGAUUGAGUUGUCGCUACGGGAAAAGGGUCUUCUUGAUGUUGAAAAAGGUUCAAGAUUUAAGAGAUAAAGGGGUUUUCGAAGAGGUGGCUCAUCCAGCUACGAGAGCUGUGUGGGAGGAGAGGCCUUUACAACCAAAGAUCGUUGGUCAGGAAACAAUUCUCGAAAAGGCAUGGAACCGACUCAUGCAUGAUGGAACCAAGAUUAUGGGUCUCUACGAUGGUGGAGUAGGAAAAACAACACUUCUCACACAAAUCAACAAUAAGUUUGUUGAUUUGUGUGACGCAAAUGAUGGCGUUGAGAUUGUCAUUUGGGUUGUGGUUUCUGGUGAUCAAAAGACACAGAUACAAGACGAGAUUGGAGAAAAAAUAGGAUACAAAAGUGUGGAGUGGCGCAAGAAAAGAGAAAACCAAAAGGCAGUAGACAUACUCAAUUUUCUAAGCAAGAAGAGAUUUGUGUUGCUUUUAGAUGACAUAUGGAGGAAAGUAGAUUUAACCGAGAUUGGAAUCCCGAAUCCAACAAGUGAAAACGGAUGCAAAAUAGCAUUCACCACUCGUUGUCUAGGCGUAUGUACGAGCAUGGGGGUUCAUGAUCCAUUGGAAGUACGAUGUUUAAGUACAAAUGAUGCGUGGGAUUUGUUCAAGAAGAAAGUUGGACAAGCCACACUAGAAAGACAUCCAGAUAUUCCCAAAAUAGCAAGAAAAGUUGCCGGAGCAUGCCGUGGCUUGCCGCUAGCGCUAAACGUCAUCGGAGAGACAAUGUCAUGCAAGAAGACGACACAAGAAUGGUGUCACGCGUUUCAUGCUUUGAAAACGUAUGCUGCGGAUUUUAGUGAUGUCAAGGAGAAGAUUCUUCCGAUCUUGAAGUACAGCUACGAUAAUCUUGAAGGUGACAGUGUCAAGUCUUGUUUCCGAUAUUGCUCUCUGUUUCCUGAAGACAGUUUAAUAGAGCAAGAGAGGUUGAUAGAUUAUUGGAUAUGCGAAGGAUUCAUUGAUGGAUAUGAGAGUAAAGAAGGAGCUGUGAACCAAGGCUACACGAUACUCGGUACACUUGUGUGUUCCUCGUUAUUGUUGGAAGGAGGAAAAUACAACAAUAAGUCAUAUGUGAAAAUGCAUGAUGUGGUUCGAGAGAUGGCUCUUUGGAUAUCAUCUGAUCUUGGGAAGCAUAAAGGACAAUAUAUCGUACGAACCGGUGCCGGUUUAAACGAAAUACCAAAGGUCAAGGAUUGGAAAGUUGUGAGAAGGAUGUCAUUGGUGAAUAACAGGAUCAAAGAGAUACAUGGCAGUCCUGAGUGUCCUAAACUCACAACAUUGUUCCUUCAAGAUAAUCGCCAUCUGGUGAAUAUCUCCGGAGAAUUCUUCCGGUGUAUGCCAAGAUUAGUUGUUUUGGAUCUCUCAUGGAACGUCAAUCUCAAUAGUUUGCCGGAGCAAAUAUCAGAGUUGGUUUCCUUGCGGUAUCUCGACUUGUCAGAGUCAAACAUAGGGAGAUUGCCGGUUGGUUUGCAAAAGCUGAAAAACCUGAUGCAUCUGAAUCUAGAGUCUAUGUUGUGCCUUGAGAGUGUUUCAGGGAUAUCACAUUUGUCGAGUUUGAAGACGUUGAGACUACUAAACUUCACAAUGUGGCUAACUAUGAGCUUAUUGGAGGAGCUAAAACGCUUGGAACAUUUAGAAGUUCUAACCAUAGAGAUCACGUCAAGCUCGCCAUUGGAACAACUCCUAUGCUCUCAGAGGUUGGUGAGAUGUCUUCAAAAGGUAUCUAUAAAGUACCUCGACGAAGUAUCAGUCAGAAUUCUGACUUUGCCAACGGUAGAAGAUCUCCGUGAAGUUUUCAUAGGGGGAUGUGGAAUGAGAGAGAUAGUGAUAGAGAGGAACACAAAUCUGACAAGUCCAUGUUUUGCCAAGCUAACAAAAGUUUUGAUAACUGGUUGCGAUGGUCUCAAGGAUUUGACGUGGCUCUUGUUUGCUCCAAACCUCACUCAUCUCAAUGUUUGGAACUCAAGCCAAGUAGAAGAGAUAAUAAGCCAAGAGCAAGCUUCAAGGCUUGAUAUUGUUCCUUUUAGAAGCCUAGAGUAUCUACACUUGUGGGAUUUACCUGAACUGAAGAGCAUAUAUUGGAGCACCUUGCCUUUUCCAUGUCUGAAUCAGAUCAACGUACAAAACAACUGUCGAAAGCUGAGAAAGCUUCCAUUGGAUUCUCAAAGUUGCAGUGCGGGUGCAGAGCUUGUCAUAGAAUAUGGAGAUGAAGAAUGGAAAGCUAAGGUCGAAUGGGAAGACGAAGCGACAAGACUCCGUUUCUUACCAUCAUGCAAGUUGGUUUUGUACAAUCAAUGAGCAUCCGCAAAAAUGCUUCAAACAAAUCAUCUGUCUCAACAAGACUCUCAUCUUCAUGGACCUUCUAUCUUCUCUAUUACUGUAUUGUCUGUUAUGAUGUUCUUUGGAUUGUAAUUAUAUAUGAUAUAUUCAUAUAAUCUUUCUUACGUUGUUGAUUUAUCCUAGAAGAUAUACAAUUGUUUUAUAUAUUUGUAAUAGCUUAUAAAUAUUGUAAUCGAACUGGGAAAAGCAUGGACUAAACCGGAUCAGAUCAUGAGA